AUGAAGGUGGAGGGACCAUGCAAUCAGCUGGGUAAUGUAACAGUGUUGUCCUCUUUUUUCAACACAGGGGUAUUGCUCAGGGUGCUGAUACUGGCUGCUUUCACUGUUACCAUCACAGCUCAAAAACCUGCCCCAGAGGUCUUCACCUUGACGGUCCCUAAUGGUCCCAUUUUGACCCGGUUGAACGCCUCUGUCACUCUACCUUGUGAACUCUCACCUAUCUUCAAUGUUGAGCCAUUGGAGGUACGCUGGUACCGGUCCGAGAACUCCAACAGUCCUGCCUUGUUGUACAAAGAUCACAAGAUCCAGGAGGCCCCUGUGGACCCCCGGUACAGGGGCAGGGUUUCUCUAACUGGGAGGCUGGAGAGAGGGAACGUGUCCCUGACACUGGAGAGGGUCACACUGGAAGACAGGGGGGAGUAUGUGUGCCAUGUCAGCAAUGAAAGGUGGUACGAAAAGGCCAAUGUGUAUCUCACAAUGAAUGUGACAGGCAGCGCACCAGUUCUCUCUGUGGCCAGUGGAGGAGGAGGUCAGGUGAACGUUACCUGUUCAUCAGAGGGCUGGUCACCACAACCUAAACUCACCUGGAGAAACAAAGAGG